AGAUUGGACAACCAUUUGUCUGAAAUGGUAUAGGGUUUUCUGCCUAAGCAGGGGGUUGGACUAGAAGACCUCUGAGGUCCCUUCCAAUUGUGUUUAUUCUAUUUGUCCUAUUCUAAUUUCUAUUCUUCUAUAUCUGGAUUGCAACAAAUUAUUGCCACUAGAUGGCAGUCAAGAAAUACAAAAAUCUCCGUACUUUGCUGUGCUUAGUGACCAGGAGGAUUGUUGCAGACCCACUGAAUGUUAAUAGUGAAAACAUUGUCUUCCAGUCUUAACUUUCCAUUCAUGCAUUGCUGUUUUUCAUUCUUUCAAAGUUGGGAUGUAGCCUUUACUGUCAAAUAAGGGGGAGGCGGGGAGGGUGAGAAACUCGACUGAAACUUAGUAGCAAAUACAAACUAUUCAGAACAAUUGUUGAGUAACGUAUGACAAUUCUUUUCACUGACAUUCUACCCUGGUCAGUUUGUCACCUCUGAGGCUUUUCAAGUAAAAUAAAUUGUCCUUAACAAUCUGGCUGAAUAUAAAUGGAAUAAAUGAGUAUACUGCGUGCUGUGUCUACAUAAACAUUUGCAAGGCAGCUCAACUCCUGGAAGUUUGCUAAACAUUUGAAUGUGGGCGCUUUUUGGCAGUACAGAAAUGUGAGAAUCCAGUGUGUUGCAUUUUGAUUAAAACUACAGUCCAUUCCAAAAGAAUUUGACGCCUGAUGGGUACAGAGAGUCUUCCAUGCAGUUUUCUUGGCAUUAAGGAAGCGGCUUGCCCGAUUUCCGUUUUGUUAUCACAGCCUUUGGAUCUCCUGGUGGUCCCCCAUCCAAGCACUAACUGCGUCCUUUUGAGAAAAGCGGUCAAUUAACUGCUACCAGCUGUUGUAGUAUGUACCACCCUUCCACGUUCAGUGUGAUGCGAUUUGGGGAACUCCCAAUUUCCAGUCCGCAGAAAUCCAGCGCAAAUUCCCUCCAGCUGCUUUGAAACUUUCUAGUAGCCACUAGGAGGCGCCAUCACCGCGCAGGCGCACCAUGGGGAGACCUGGCUCCGCCCAACCGCGUUAAGCGAAGGGGACGGCCCCGCCCUCCCCGCGCGCAGCUCUGACGUCACUCGAGGAAGCUCAAACCGCCGCCAUGUCGGGCGCCGCAGAUUCGCCAUAAUCCCGUCCGGCAGCUUCGCCCGCCGCCAUUCCAGAGCGGCCGCAAUUAAUAUUUAUACGGGUCGGGGCCGGCUUCUUUUCCAGCUUUCUUUUUUUAAAGGCGCUUCCUAUCCCUCCGGGGACUCCGGAAAGGCGCAUCGGCGGACGGCGCUUUUCCGAGGGGACGGAAGUGCGCCGAGCUUUUUUCCCCCUUCUCUUUCUGGCAAUUGAAAAGGAAAAUACCCGAAUUUUCUUCCUGCUCCGCAAGCCCGGACUGCCAUGGCGUCUCUUUCGGCCGGGAACAGAUCCAUCUUCAUGUGUAAGCUGUGUAAUUUAUUUUCUCCCAGCCAGUCCGAAUUGCUGUCUCACGUCUCUGAGAAGCAUUCCGAAGAUGGGACCAAGGUGGAUGAAAUCAUCGUUCUGCUCAAGCCACUCACGACGCCCAGCAAUCCGAAUAAAAACGGAGAAGAACUGCUUGUAGUGAAGAGGAAGAGAGGAAGGCCUAAAGGAUCAACCAAAAAAUGUUACGCUGAAGAAGAAUUGGCUGAAAGCACGACCUCUGCUCCAAGUGAAGGUGUUCAACCAGGACCUGAAGAAGGAGGAGAAUUGGUGGAUGUGUCUGUAGACAACUUGCAAUGCCGGAAGUGCAACCGGAAGUUCUCUAAUUCUCGACAGCUCAGAAAGCACAUCUGUAUUCUGGUUAAGCAUGAAGACUUGGAAGAAGAUGAGGAUUCAGGUAAUGAUUCUGAUGUUGACCUUGACAGGAGGGAAGAUGAGCGAGAAAAACCAUCCAAGAGGCAGCGGGUACAAAGGACUGAGAAAAGUCUUUCCUCAAAAGAAACAGACCAGGGCUCAGGAGCUAAGAAUCCUAUUAUAAGUGUGGUUUUGACAGCCCAUGAAGCAAUUCCAGGUGCCACAAAGAUAGUUCCUGUGGAAGCAGCUUCUCCCAAAGAUGAGCAGCCCAUCAACUCAGAAACCUCUGUACCAGACACAUCUCAGCGAAGAGGUUAUCAGGAAUAUGCCAUUCAGCAAACUCCUUAUGAGCAGCCAAUGAAAUCAAGCAGGUUGGGAGCCACUCAGUUAAAAAUUUUCACCUGCGAGUACUGCAACAAGGUGUUCAAAUUUAAGCACUCCCUUCAGGCCCACUUGAGGAUUCACACCAACGAGAAGCCCUACAAGUGCUCCUUCUGCAACUACGCCAGCGCCAUCAAAGCCAACCUGAACGUCCACCUGCGGAAGCACACCGGAGAGAAGUUCUCCUGCGACUACUGCCCCUUCACCUGCCUGAGCAAAGGCCACCUCAAAGUCCACGUGGAGAGAGUCCACAAGAAGAUCAAGCAGCACUGCCGCUUCUGCAAGAAAAAGUACUCGGAUGUCAAAAACCUGAUCAAGCACAUCAAGGAGGCCCAUGACUUGCAGGACAAGAAGGUGAAGAAUGUCUUUGACGAGCUCUGCCUGAUGACUCGAGAAGGCAAGAGGCAGCUUCUGUACGACUGUCAGAUCUGCGAACGCAAGUUCAAAAACGAAUUGGAUCGUGACAGGCAUAUGCUCGUCCACGGGGAUGAGAGACCUUUUGCUUGCGAGCUCUGUGGCCAUGGAGCCACCAAGUACCAAGCUCUGGAGCUUCAUGUCCGCAAGCACCCCUUUGUGUACAUUUGCAGUGAGUGCUCAAAGAAAUUUGUCAGCUCCAUCAGGCUCCGCUCGCAUAUCAAAGAUGCCCACGGGGAAUUGUUGGAGACAUCUGUUUUUGAUCGUUCCAUCAAUCAGAGCUUUUGUUUGCUGGAACCUGGAGGAGACAUCCAGCAGGAAGCCCUUGGGGAGGAACUGUCCCAGACGGCUGCUGAGCUGUCCCUCUUAAACUCCAAGGCACUCUGUAUAGUAAAGUCUGUUUCCGCGGGAGAAGUAAACGCCAUCGAGGGAAACCACGAAAAUCACCCUGCUGAGAGCUUGGGAACAUCUCCUGCUCUCCUUUUGGAUUUUGAAAGUCCACCAGCAGCAAACACACCAGAUCCAAUUGGUGAGCCACUAAUAGAAUUGCUGUCCUUACGCGCUAGCUUGGUCAAUGCUUCCGGUAGCUUUUUACAGAAAAACGCUUCGCCCGAUUCAGACGGAGAAAAGGCCCCAUUGUCAAAAGACCAGCUGCCACUCAACGCUUCAGUGAACGUCCAGUGUGAAGUUGAACAGCUUUUGGGAGAUGAAAACUCCAGUCUCAACCAGAAAUGCCAAGGUCCAGAGAGCGUUCCUGAUCCCGAAGAAGAGAGUCAGACCAUUUGUCUUCAUCACCAGGUAGUCAACAACGCAACACUUGAAAAGACAGAGUCCUCCAGUUCCCUCCCCCUUCUAGAAUCCAGCAUAGAAGCUCAUCAGAAUUCAGAGUCCUGUCCUCAGCCUUCCGAGGAUCGAACUGGAGCUGCCGCCUUUAUGCAGAUUUUGGACAACUUGCAAAAACAACAGAUGAGUACAGCCUUGUGUGAGAAGAUCAGGAAGGUCUACGGAGACUUGGAAUGCGAAUACUGUGGCAAGUUGUUUUGGUACCAGGUGCAUUACGACAUGCACGUCCGCACACACACACGAGAGCAUCUCCAUUACUGCUCGCAGUGCAACUAUUCCUCCAUCACCAAAAACUGCCUUAAGCGCCACGUCAUCCAGAAGCAUAGCAACAUUUUGCUAAAGUGUCCGACCGAAGACUGCGAUUAUUCUACCCCGGAUAAGUACAAACUCCAGGCCCAUCUCAAAGUGCACUCGGAGUUGGACAAAAAGAGUUAUUCCUGCCCUGUGUGUGAGAAAUCAUUUUCUGAAGACCGACUUAUAAAAGCUCAUAUAAAGACAAACCAUCCAGAGGUGUCUAUGCACACAAUUUCCAAGAUUGUUGGCAGGAGAGUUCAGCUCAAAGGACUUAUCGGAAAACGAGCUAUGAAAUGCCCUUAUUGCAAUUUUUAUUUCAUGAAGAACGGAUCGGAUCUCCAGCGUCACAUUUGGGCUCAUGAAGGCAUCAAGCCAUUCAAAUGUUCUCUGUGCGAAUACGCCACUCGCAGCAAAAGCAACCUCAAAGCUCACAUGAACCGGCACAGCACUGAGAAGACACACCUGUGCGACAGGUGCGGGAAGAAGUUCAAGUCAAAAGGCACCUUGAAAAGCCAUAAGCUCCUUCACACUGCUGACGGAAAACAGUUCAAGUGCACAGUGUGUGAUUAUACUGCUGCCCAAAAGCCACAGCUUCUAAGGCACAUGGAACAACACGCUUCAUUCAAACCUUUCCGUUGUGCUCACUGCCAUUAUUCCUGCAACAUAUCUGGUUCCCUCAAAAGGCAUUAUAACCGGAAACAUCCCAGUGAAGAGUACGUUAAUGCAGGCUCUGGUGAAUUUGCAGCUGAAGCCCUUCUCCAGCAAGGUGGUAUCAAGUGUCCUGUGUGCAAUUUUGUGUACGGCACAAAAUGGGAAUUCAACAGACACCUCAAAAACAAACACGGACUUAAAAUAAUGGAGCAGGAUGCGGAAGGCAAGUGGGAGCAAACUACAGAAGUUUCUGAAGAAUCCUCUACGCAAUACCUUCAUAUCACCGAAGCUGGAGAUCUGCAAGGCACUGAAGCUGCUGUUGCCGCUCUGCAGGACCUAAGAUAUACCUCAGAGAAUGGAGGAAGGCUGGAUGCCACAGCUGUCAACAUCCUUCAGCAAAUCAUAGAGCUGGGAUCAGAGUCCCAUGACGGCGCUGCUCUAGCUUCUGUGGUUGCCAUGGCCCCAGGAACCGUCACUGUGGUGAAACAGGUAACCGAAGAGGAAGAGACAGCUAAUCACACCGUGAUGAUUCAGGAAACUUUGCAACCAGCUUCGAUGGAGUUGGCCGAGCAGCAUCAUUUGGUGGUCUCCUCAGAUGAUGUGGAAGGCAUUGGGACAGUGACCGUUUAUACUCAGGGCGGAGAAGCCUCAGAACUGAUUGUUUAUGUGCAAGAAGCCAUGCAGCCGAUGGAAGAGCAGGAGCAAUCUGGACAGGACAUCUAAAUCAGGAACUCAAGAGAUCCCAACCUCUUAUUACACCGAUGCUGAUACACAUUCUUCAGGGAUGAAAUAAACCUCCUGAACAACAUCUGUGUGAGGAGACGGCAGCCAAGAAACCAGAAGAAGCAAUCGCUGGCAAAGUGCCACGGGGCUGGAUAAAACUAUCCGGGUGUGUUGUAUGCACUUUAAGAAAAAAAAAAUGGUAGAGUUUAAAAGACUCUUUUAAUCACAGUUUGAAAAGCUUCUUGAGAAGGCCAAAAAGGACAAUCGGGCAAAACAGAAGGCCCAGGCAGUGAAGCUGCUUCUAAGCAUAUAGCUUACUGUAUUUCUUCCCGUCAUCGGCUCCCAACUUGCUACUAGAAAGAAUUCUCCCUUUUAAAGGAGCUUUGCUUUGUGAGUUUGAAAAAAAAAAAAACCAGAACGGGAUUGAGUUUUCAAAGACUCAAGAAUGUUUUAUCUGAAGGAACUGGUUUCUCUUUUAGAUCAUUCAUCUUUUAAUUUCAGCUCCUUCCCGUUGCUCAAGGAUGCAAAGCUGCCCCUGUACUUUUCUCAGAUGUCUGGUUCCUCUUAGAUAGGAAGUGUUUUAUUAUUACCACGUACUGGGGGGGGGACACAUAAAUUGAAGGUAAUUUGGAAAGGCUGAGGACAUUGUGACCGUCCCUGAGGUUUCAUUUUGCCUUUCCUCCCUGCUCCCCUUUGCAAGAUUACAACAGUGUUUUCAGAAGUAUAAAAAAUAUGGGCUGGGGUUUUUUUUUUCCCUGAACUUGGCCACUAUAUUUCUGAUCGAUGUUUCAUACUGUUGGGUUAUGUUCCUCAUAAUACAUAAUGAAUGCCAUUUGGAGCCAUAGAGAAGCAAUUUAACAUCAAGGAAGCUGUGAAAUACAGAGUGAUAAAGCGGAGUUUGGGGUCCUGUUUUCCUUUGUCUGACAAAUGUUUGAACAUUUUUUGUCACGAACAACCCAGCUCAGUAGCCAGAGCUCACAUCCAUUAUGGUUAAUCUGUCUUUAUAAAACUAAACCAAUUUGCCAUGAAAUACAUUGGCCGUCCUGAGGGCAUCUUAGGGGAGUUUAUGGCGACAUCCUGACAAGAGUCCACCAGGGCUGGUCUAGAGAAAGCCUAAUCUUUACUAGGCCUUCUCGGAGAGAGGAGUAAAGGGAUGCUAAGAGGCUCAAGCAAAAUUGCGUUAGGUAUCUUGUCCAUAGUUCUAAGAAGUGGGUUCCCAUUCUGCUCUCCAUAAAGAAAAGGGGAUAUGAUUUUGAGCAAGAGUGUUUCCACCAGGCUAGUAAUUCUAGCAGGACUGUCUAAGGCAGGGAUGUCCAACACUGCAACUUUAAGACUCGUGGACUUCAGCUCCCAGAAUUCCUGAGCCAGCAUGGCUCAGCUUGGAAACCUCUCCCUUUCCCCUCAGCAUGGCUGGCUCAGGAAUUCUGGGAGUUGAAGUCCACAGGUCUUAAAAGUUGCCAAGGUUGAACACCCCUGAUCCAAGGGGGAAUGUUGCUUCUCAAUUUGCUUAGGGGAGAAGAGAGAAGAUACGUUAUGCUUGACACCCAGCCAUAUGAAGAGUUUGCCCUUCAACAUCUGAGGAACAAUGCCAACAGGUCAUGGUUAAAACCAGGGAUUGAUUAUUUUUUUAUUCUGAGGGAGAAAGAGAGAAGGGAAAACACCGGAAUAACCUGACUUCUUUUAUCCUUGAAUUUUUACAUUAUCGAAGCACCCGUUUGUGAUUGUGAGCGGAAAUUCUAUCAUCUGACAUACAAAACAGCUUAGACUUUAACUCUUGUGGCCUAUUACGUCUAAGGUUUUGAAGAAACGUCUACCAAAUAAAUGGAAUUUUAAAAUAUAAAUAGGCAAUCUCAUUUGGGGAAGGGGUGGCAGACCCCAGACCCUGUGUACAAGCAUACUUAUUAACUCUCGGUGACCCAGUUGUUUUCCCUGGAGUUUUGCUGGAAAGAUAGACUGCCACAGUUGGCUAAGUCCUUGACUAGACUUAAUAUGGGUUUUUUUUUUUUUAAGAAAAAAAAACCCAAGAAUUGAAAUAAAUUCUUAAUACCUCCCCAUUAUUUAUUGGAUGCCUAGGCCACUGAAUCAUUGAAAUUCCCGGUGGGUUACAAGCAUAAAUAAAACAUAUCUAGUAAAAAGAAAAAUAGAGUAAAACCUCCACAGUAAGACAGGAAAAAUAAUGCACAACUCCCAACACACAUAACGCAUAGCAACUCUGAAUAAGUAAAAAAAACAACAACAACACGAUAUUACUAGGUGCAAUACAAAACAAAAAAGUAAACAUUGUGGCUAAAAGCUAAACCAUCCUUGACUUCCAAAGAGGUCGUUAUCUCCUUGUGUCCACCCUCCCUCCCCACAAUAUUCAAUGCAACUCUCACUACUCAAGAGUUACUUCCAGCUGCUUUAAAUCCUUAAUGUACAUAAGAGAGACUUUCUGGUCACCAAAAUCUAUUUUUUGCUACAACUGAAGUCUAUCUCUAUGUAUUUUUGCAUCAGGUUAUGCUAUUUCCAUCCUGCAAAGCUUUAAGUGAUGUAUUACUAUCCACCUUAGAGCUAGAGGAGGAAGAGGAAAGGGAUCUCAUUGGGAGCAGACUCGUUUUAUAACUAUAAUUUGGUUUUUUUAAAAAACCCUGAUGAGUCACUCUUCUGCAGCAGAUAUGAAAUAAAACUAAUAUUACAGGCUUAUAAAUAUCUAGAUAUGUCCUUCAGAAAUAACUAGCUUCCCUCGGAAGCUAAAACUUAUUUUCCUGUACCUCGAGUAUUGCUGGAUUAAAUUAAUUCUGCAAAAGGGAUGAAUGAUGCAUUCUAAAUAAAAACCUCCAAAUAUGUGAAUCGA